AUAAAUCCUCAGCUGGGAUGGCUCAGCUUCCUGGGGGCGAAGUGGGGUUGGGGUUCCGUCCUUAGGUGCUGAGAUGCCAGGCACCCGGAGCGUGGGGACAGCGCCUGCUGGUGGCUGCCGGUCUCUGUCACCACUUCUGUGUCUCUUCGUCUUACUACACCUCCACCCCACCCCCGGCCGUCUCUGGGUUUCCACAGCCCUGCUCUCAAGUCUUUGGCCCACCUCUGCCCUCAGGUCACUCGCAGGGCCUUCUCCACUGGCUCUCGGGGUCUGUUCCCCCCACCUCCCUCUCGGGCCUCCUGAGGCCCUGGUCCCUCUUGUCCCCACUGGGCCAGACUUCUGCUCCCAGCUGCCCUGCUGGGCUGGGCGAGGGCUGGGGUGUGGGUUCCCGGCACAGCUGGGCCCUUAAGUUCCCCAGAAAGCUCUCUCUCCCGCCUUCCCCCAUCACACACAUUGUUCCUCUCUGGCUGUUCUUUCCUGUCCAGGACCCUCCAAGGCCAAACCAGGGCUGACUGGCAGUGACUACUGCCCUGCCCUCUCCAUCUGGGGAAACUGAGUCGGGGGGGUGAUGGAGGGGGAUAGAGUUCUUUUAUUUAUUUAUUUUUGUGUGCAUUGGGUCUUUGUUGCUGAGCGCAGGCUUUCUCUAGUUGUGCUGAGUGGGGGUUACUCUUCGUUGUGGUGCGCGGGCUUCUCAUUGCAGUGGCUUCCCUUGUUGCGGAGCAUGGGCUCUAGGCACGUGGGCUUCAGUAGUUGUGGCACACGGGCUCAGUAGUUGUGGCUCACGGGCUCUAGAGCGCAGGCUUAGUAGUUCUGGCGCAUGGGCUUAGUUGCUCCGCUGCAUGUGGGAUCUUUCCAGACCAGGGGACCAGGGCUCGAACCUGUGUCCCCUGCAUUGGCAGGCGGACUCUUAACCACUGCACCACCAGGGAGGUCCGGGGAUAGAGUUCUUUGUGGGGGUGGGUGCCUGCUACCUCCCCCAUCCUGGCUCGGAGCUCGGGGGGGUUCCCACCCUCUGCCACACUUUACGGAGAUGCACAUUGAGGCUCCACUACCCUGCUUCACAACUCCCCAGGGGCUGUCUUUUCAGCCCCUGCUGCUGACAUGGUGUCUACAUGUGCCUGCCCUUCCUUUCUCGAGUAGCUGGUCCCCCAGGUCUCUGUCCACACGACCUGGAUCACCGGAGACGGAAUCCCAGGCUUUUCUUUCCAUGGCCCUCCUACACCUGCUUCAGUACAGCUGGAGCUCUAGGCCUGCCUGCACCCCACACCCGUCUACACCUAUUCCUCUUCUACCAGGAGGGUGUUAGGGCUCAGACUCUACAACUUCAGUUGGCUGUCUUUGCCACCUGUCCCAAUUGCCAAUGUCCCACAUUGCCCAGCCCCCUCUCUGGAAGUCGCCUGUCCCCUGAGACUUAACGCUAGUCUGGUCCCUGACAGAUGUGGGUGAGUUCGCAUCUAAAUAGCCUAGCGCUUCCCCGCCCCCACCCCUUUCCUGGAAGCCAGAAGCUGCGACGUCACUUGCAGGUGUCAGCUGCCCCGCCCCUCCUCUCUCCGCCUUAAAGGGGUCGCGUCUCCCGAGGCUUCCCAGGGGCGUAGAUAGCACCUCGGCGGGACCCGUGAGGGCUCCGUGGCCGCGGUGCGGGAGGUGGAUGUCCGGAUCCUAAUCCUGCCCUUCUGGCGUGGUGUGGCUCUUGGCCUCCGUUUUCUCGGCCUGAGAAGUGGGGACGCCAGGAUUCCUCGCACUGAAGCAGGCGCUCAGGGGGCAUUUUCCAGGCCCAGGAAGGGGGUGGGGCAGCAGCCCAGAGGACCCGCUUCACCCACCGGUUUCUCGGACCCCGCCCGCCCCACCCCCACGAUGACCGCCCACAUCCUCCUGCUGUUGCUCCUCGCCUCCUCCACCCUGGGGGACCCGGACUCCGCGGGCAGGCGGCCCCAGCGCCAGGUCUCCCAGCAGCACAGGCACCUCUGUUCACUGGGCACGUGCCAGACGCACCGCCUGCCAGAGAUCAUAUACUGGCUCCGCUUUGCCUCCACCAAGGAGCUCUCAGGGAAGGCGGGCCGCGAGCCUCAGGAUCCCCACAGCUAUGGGCGCCGCCGGCGGCGCGCGGCCAGACUCCUGCUGCGUCUCCAGGACCCCAGCCUGAGGCAAGGAGGCCAGCGCAGUGCCCGGCUCUCUGGGUGAUGUUGGGCACAUCUCUGCUAGUCCGCUGGCUUCAGUCUACCCAUCUGUGUAUCGGGGCCGUGACCCCAAGUUUCUUUUCCCCUAACUCCACCUCCUGGGCUCUCCCCAGGCAGCGACUGGGCUGGACCACGUGCACACCGGACCCAGC